AGCUGCUGUCGCAGCAGUGGACGGCGGGCAUGGGCCUGCUGAUGGUGCUGGUGGUGCUGCUCAUCGUGGCGGGCAACGUGCUGGUGAUCGCGGCCAUCCGGCGCACGCAGCGGCUGCAGACGCUGACCAACCUGUUCAUCACCUCUCUGGCCUGCGCCGACCUGGUGAUGGGCUUGCUGGUGGUGCCCUUCGGGGCCACGCAGGUGGUGCAGGGCCGCUGGGUCUGGGGCUCCUUCCUGUGCGAGUGCUGGACCUCGCUGGACGUGCUGUGCGUGACGGCCAGCAUCGAGACCCUGUGCGUCAUCGCCAUCGACCGCUACCUGGCCAUCACCUGGCCCUUCCGCUACCAGAGCCUCAUGACCAAGGGUCGGGCCAAGGGCAUCAUCUGCACCGUCUGGGGCAUCUCCGCUCUGGUCUCCUUCCUGCCCAUCAUGAUGCACUGGUGGCGGGAUGAGGAUCCCCAGGCUCUGGAUUGCUACCAGGACCCCGGCUGCUGCGACUUCGUCACCAACAGGGCCUACGCCAUCGCCUCCUCCAUCAUCUCCUUCUACAUCCCUCUGCUCAUCAUGAUCUUUGUCUACAUCAGGGUGUACAGAGAGGCCAAGGAGCAGAUCAAGAAGAUCGACCGAUGCGAGGGUAGGUUCCACAACAACCACCACCACCAGCCUCCUGCCCAGGGCCACUCUCACCACCAGCCCAUGCUGGGCAACGGCAGGGCCAGCAAGAGGAAGAGCUCCCGGAUCAUGGCCAUGAGGGAGCAGAAAGCCCUCAAGACCUUGGGUAUCAUCAUGGGAAUCUUCACUCUGUGCUGGCUUCCUUUCUUCCUGGUCAACGUGGUCAACGUCUUCAACAGGGACCUGGUGCCAGACCAGCUCUUUGUCUUCUUCAACUGGCUGGGAUAUGCCAACUCUGCUUUCAACCCCAUCAUCUACUGCCGCAGCCCUGACUUCCGCAAGGCUUUCAAGAGGCUGCUUUGCUGCCCCAGGAAAGCCGACAGGAGGCUGCACGCCAGCGGUGAGGAGCUCUCCCGGUUCCCAGGGAGUUUCAUCAAUACUUUGGGCACCCCCGAGCGCAGCCUAGGAGGGAUGUGGUCCGACUGCAAUGGGGGUACGCAGGGAGGCAGCGACUCCAGCCUGGAGGAGAGGAAUAGCAAAACCUCCUAUUCGGAAUCCAAGCCCUCUUCAACGUGGAUGUAAAAACACUACUGCCCGUGAGAAGCAAAUUCUGCCGAAAACAGCUGAAUAUCCACAUUUGUCGGGACUACUCACGAUCGCUACCUCGUUCAGUGCAGGGGAUGUACCUGUGCUGGGAAGGAAUCAAUCAGAGCCGUGGAAAGGAGACUGCCUGGAAGACCUUUACAUCAAUAAUGCUAGAAGGGGAGCAGCAAAUGAUGCAGGGGAUGACAGAAAGAGAAAGGAUGGGCUCAUGCUUAAAUCGGUUAGAUGCCCACCUGGAGAUGUGGAUUCUGCCCAUGCCUCUGUCACACAGGUCAGUCACUUAAACUAAACUUUUCAAAGAUGUUACCAAUUGUUCGCGCCUCGUUUUCUAGUUCACAACUUGAGACCUGAGAGUUCGAAUUUCAGCAGUGCUGAGAGCUCCUACCCGACUGAGGUAAAAAAAAUGCGCUUCAAGUCUUAGGUGUGCUACACGGUGUUGACUAUUCUGAGAAAGUACGGAUCUGGGGAAGACACCCAACCAGAAAUCCUCGGUGCCUCUGUCUGCCACCUACAGAAUGAUGAAUACCAUCCCACUCCCAUCUCAGACACGCAGAGAUGUAUCCUAAAAGUGUCAAGCACUCAGAUAUCCUAAUGAUACAUGCCAUAGGAAAACCCAUGAGGAAAUAGCAAUAAUUCUGUCUUCAGAGGACAGUGUGAAUAGCGUACACUAAAUGGCCAGACACAGAACAACAUACUGAGAACAAAACCUAUUAAGCAACUGUUCAUUCACUAAGUUGCUAUCCAUUGGUUCAGAGACCAGUUUGCUCUGACUCAGAUCAGGAAUUACUGCCCUAAGGUUACUGAGUAUGCACAAUUAAUAGACAGAAUCCCUACCGCAGAGAGCUUACAAUCAUUUGAGGCACCAAUAUAAUAAAUGGGCGUAUUUCAUAAGGGAUCAGUUUAACAGCAAAAAGCAAUUCCCCAGAAAAAAGACAGCACAUAUAACUUCUUCCACUCUAUGACCAGCUAUAACUGAACUGGGCAACCCCACAGGAAAAGCCUACCCUGUAAGCAGCACCAUAACCAGAGCUCAGUAUAUCACACUCUUAAGUAUAUGCCUUUAGAUCUGAUAUUUUUUACAAUAUAUAUCAAAUAUUAUCUGUUAUUUUUACUGUACACAAAGGCCCCCACUAGGAAUUAUGCAAGAGGCAAGAAUUUUUGUGGGGGAUAUCUUUUAUUGGACCAAGUGCAUGGGUAGAAUAGACCUAGGCAAGCAUUCAGGUAUAACAGCAGUUCGCAAAUCUGCAGAAAUCCCAGCCCAAUGAAUUAAAAAAUUAAAUCCCAAUGAAUUAAAAACAAAGUAAAUGGACCAUGAUAGCGAUCCACAACCUCCUAGUUGGUCACUUUUUCUAGAACUGUUUUACAAUAGUAAGGUAAAAACUAUGAUCUUUGAGGUACACUGUGGCUGCAGCUAUCUUAUCCUAACUUUUCUCUGUUUUAAGCCAAUUAAUUGUCUUACAUAAGAUUCAAAGUCACAAUGCAGCAGCCAAGCACCAAAGACCAUAUGAUU